AGUGCCUCAACCUGUGGUUGACUUCUUUUCCACGUCCCAAAAUCGCGGCAAGAUGCCUGCAGAAAAGCGGUUUGUGUUCUCAGCUCGCAUUAUUUCAGCCGUGCAGAGGGAGACACCAAAGCUCAAGACGUUCAUGGUAUCAGUGCUGUGGUCAGAUGAGAAUGAAGUGAUUGUCUACAGGUCUUAUGAUGAUUUCAAGAACUUUCAUAGGCAACUGAAGAAGAAGUUUCCCCACUUCAGCCCUUCACAGGAUGACAGAAUAAUCCCAAAAUUUAAAGGGGAGGCUCAGACGAAUGGGCUCCAGCAGAGAGGAUCCAAGCGAUGCAUCCAGCGGAUGAAGGACUUGGAGAGCUACUGCAACAAGCUGCUCAUGUGCGACCAAAUGGUCACUUGUAGUUCGGAGGUCACCCAGUUUUUCACGCCACUCGACCACGACAUGGACCAAGACUUCACCAAGAACAGCGCCAUGAUCUUGCUGUCGGAUAUCAGCUUGGGGUUAGAAGGAGGAAUAGGAGGAGGAGUUGGGGGCGAAGGAGAUUUCUCUGUCACUCGGCCAUUUGUCACCGAGACGUACCGCUGUGUGGCUGCCUACGAGACCAAAGACACCAACAACCGGCCCUUUAAAGCUGCCUUGGAUGAAGCAUUGGAAGUCCUGAUUAAGGACCCUGCUGGUUGGUGGUUGGUGGAGAAUGAAGACAAGUGUAUUGCCUGGUUUCCUGCUCCCUAUCUGGAAAAAGAGAAGAAUGAUGAAAGAGCAUAUCACCGGGAAGGUGCUCUCUACUGUGCUGUGAGGAAUUACUUUACCAAGAAGGCUGACGAGAUCUCUGUGCCCAUUGGUUCUGUGGUGGAGGUUCUGAGAAUGUCUGAUGAUGGCUGGUGGCUCACCAGAUACAAUGGCAAGGUGGGCUACGUCCCCUCCAUGUACCUGCAGCCCUACAACAACCCUCGGACGGGACUUUUCCUCUUACAGAAUAGGCUGAAUAGAACCACCCUCAACCAGACCAUCAGCGGGGUACCUCUGGAUGGUUCUUCUUCUUCUUCUUCAGACCACAUCGUCAGGGAAACCCAUGCAGGGCAACGAUCUGCAGUCCAGCCCAGAGCUCAGUCUAGUGGGCGUGGUUAUCUGGCCAAAGCCAGAUCUAUGGAACUUUUGUCACAGACCAGAACACAGACUGCUACGCCCGCCCGAGUCGAAGUGAACAAUACCCACCCAGACAGCCUCGCUCGUAGCAUCAGCACGAGCUCAAACACAGAGUCGACCGUCUCCUCGUUCAGCAGCUCGCUUUCACGUUCGAGGGCAGACGUGUCGAGACCCUCCCUACGACAGAGUGUCAUCCCCAGCGAGCGCGGCUACGAGCAGCGCCGCAACUCCACCUCCAGUUUUUUGAGUUAUACAAGUUCUGGGAGUUCUGGGAGCUCAAGUUCCAGAGGCAGCGACACGGGCAUGUUUGCUCCUUUGAUGCCACCCAGACCCAAGAAGGAGGAGAUCCUGAACCGGUGCUCCACCAUGACACGUAAAGCAGCUGCGGAGACCAAAGCCCGUCUCCAGAUAAGACCUGAUUUCACCAUCCAUACUCGCUUGUAAGGAUUCAUUCCAAUUACCCCACAACUGAGUUAUAAUCUUCAUGAUUUACUCAUGCUAGUUCUCAUUCACUCUUUAUUUGUAAAUCUCGAUUUAACCUCUUUUGAUCCAAACGGAAGUACAUGAGUCGGCCACGUGUGUUUUGUUCAAAAGUCAUCACAUCGGUGAUUCCACAAUUACCUGACUGGAAAAGGGAUGGAACAUAAUGCA